AUGUCGCAUACCGUCUUGAUUGCAGAUCAGCGCGUAAAAGUGCACGGGGGAUCUAAUACUACCAUUACAACUGAUGUACUAGACAAAGUUUUGGAGUUCGGACCAUUCAAAGAAUGGGCUGCUCGUAUGGAAAAGGCGCAGCGUGAACGUAAUAGCGAAAUGGACAUUCUCUCCGUUGAAAUACAAAAUACAGAUAUGUUUGGGUCCGGAAAACUUGGCUUUGUAAAGUUUAAAGCGGACGUCCGUUACAAGGAAACCGGAAAAUCUGCCCCCGGUAUUGUGUUUUUGAGAGGGGGGUCAGUAUCGAUGUUGAUCAUAUUGCGAUGUCCCGAAAAAGAGGACCAAAUAUUACUGACGUUGCAACCGAGGGUUCCUGUUGCCAGUUUGGAAUUCCCAGAACUGCCUGCAGGCAUGCUGGAUGGCUCUGGUAACUUUGCAGGGACCGCUGCAAGAGAAAUUUACGAGGAGACAGGAUUGUCUAUCCAAGAGCAUGAGCUUGUGGAUCUUACUCAUAAAGCUUAUGGUGAUCGGUGGCAAGGAAUGUACCCUUCUGCUGGUGGUUGCGAUGAGUUUGUGCGACUGUUUAUGUGCAUCAAGCAUAUGGCUCGAUCCGACAUCGAGGCACUAGAAGGCAAACUCGGAGGGCUGAGAGACCGAGGCGAGAACAUAACUCUCAAGCUGGUAUCUUUGAAGGACGCAUGGAAAAUAGCACCCGAUGCAAAACUCUUGUCGACGUUAACUCUUUAUCAUGCACUUUUACAAUCGAAAACCGAGCUACAGAAAUAA